AUGUCAGAUUCAAAAAAAGAUCGGUUGGCUAAAAAGAGAUUGUCUGAACGACGUCGGAAAGCUCGCAUUAAGAGUGAUCCAGAGCUUUACGUAAUGCACAAAGAGAAAGAUAUACAACGGUAUUGUAAAAGGAAGAAUGAAGGAAAGAUAAAGUCUGUAAGUGAAUUAGAUCUCGUCAACAACGAAUUUUUAGAGAGAGAAGUAGAAUAUCUUCCAAUAAACACAAUUUGA